CAUUCCCACACGUCUCUCCUCAUCUAUAAAGGCAUAUUCAAUCAUCUGCAUAUUCUCCCUUUACAAAACAAAAGGAAAUCAACAAUAAAUCAGAACAAACUGAUGAGUCAAGAGAAAGCCAUGUCUUGUUGCUGUGUUCUUGAUGCUUCCACUUAUGUGGGUUUCUGGAUUCUCAAGAAAUUGCUCAACAGAGGCUACUCUGUUCGUGCAGCCAUCCGUAAAAACGGGGAGAGUAUGCUUGAGGAGAAAAUCAGGAACAUGCAAGCCACAGAGGAGAGAUUAGUGGUUUACGAUGUGGAUGUGUUGGAUUACCAGAGCAUCCUUGUUUCUCUCAACAACUGUAACGCUGUGUUCUGUUGCUUGGAUAAUCCUGAAGGGUACGAUGAAAUGGAAGUUGAUUUGGAGGUGAGAGGAGCGAUUAAUGUGGUGGAAGCAUGUGCAAGAACAGAAAGUAUAGACAAGGUUAUCUUCUCUUCUUCACUAACUGCUGCGAUAUGGAGAGAUAACAUUGGAACUCAAAAAGAUGUUGAUGAGAAGUCUUGGAGUGAUCUAAACUUUUGUCUCGAAAAGAAGCUAUGGCAUGCUCUGGCCAAGACACAAUCUGAGAAGGCGGCUUGGGCAUUAGCCAUGGACCGUAUGGUCAACAUGGUGUCAGUUAACCCAGGGCUCAUUGUUGGACCCUCGGUGACUCAACACAACCCUAGACCCACCAUGUCUUUCCUCAAAGGAGCUGCACAGAUGUACGAGAACGGUGUGUUAGCCUACGUAGACGUGGAGUUUGUAGCAGAUGUUCACAUUCGAGUUUUCGAGGAUAUUUCGGCUUGUGGUAGAUACUUUUGCUUCAACCAAAUUGUGAAUACCGAAGAAGAAGCUCUCAAACUUGUGGAGAUUCUAUCUCCUUUAAUUCCUAUGCCACCAAGGUAUGAGAAAGAGAUGCAAGGAAGUGAAGUUCAUGCAGAGAGGUUGAGAAACAAUAAACUCAACAAGCUGGUAGAAGCUGGCUCUGCUUGUUAAUUAGAUGGAUAAUUGGAGAGAGUACAAUGUUAUAUAUAAAACUCUUAAGAGAAACAAAAAGAUACAUAAUAUGUUAUCAUAAGAAUAGUUUCUUUACUCUCUUUUGUCUGUUGCUUGCAAUCUCAAUUCAGUUUAGAUAAUAUUUUCUUGUACCCUUAAAUUGAAAAAUAUGCUAUAUAAAAAUGAAUAUUUAUUGUCA